CUUUCCUCCCAGUGACUGAAGAGAGAGAAAAAGGAGGAGGAGGAGGGAGCACGGCUACAUUACCAACACACACAUACACACACUGGUUACAUUACGCUGUGGAAGCGGUGCGGGAGCAGUGGGAAGUCGGGUCCACGCGUUUUUCCACUCUUGCCUUCUUUUUUUGAUUGUUUUCUGUGAUUUUCUUCUUCUUUUUGUUUUUGCUUUUAUCCCUCCUCCGACGAGCAGCUUCGAGGAUGUAUUUUUAAGCAUCACGGCGUCUCGCUGCGUUGCUUGUCGCCCAAGUAUUUGCUUGUUUUAAAAAACCCCAACAACAACAACAACUGCGUUUUCUUCCAUUUACACAUCCAUCACUUAAUUUCUUUUCCCUUUUCCUCGUCUUACUUUCCCCCUCCCUCCAACCUCUCCACACGCACACUGAAGGACGCUCGCAGCUUCGUCUCCGGGACCACCGAGGAAAUAUCUUCUCUCACUUUUCUAAAUGUACUUUUUCACGUUGAGUCGUUUUUACGGGAACGCGGCGGUCGUCGCGUGCUGACUUCAAACAGAAAAAAAGAAAGAAAGCGAGAGGGGAGAAAAAAAAGAUGGUGAUGAGAUUUUAACUCGUGGUUUGUUCCCCCUUUUUAUGUUUUCCUCAUGACAUUGAGGCGUGCACUGGACUUCUCAUUCCGACCGCUUUGCAUCUCACUUUUUUUUAGUGUGUGAGUUUCAAGCUUAGUUAAACUCUCGCGACGGAAAAAGAACAGAAAAGAAGUGAAAAAACAACAACAAAAGGACGCCGGCAGCAGCCUCGCGCCUCCUGUUGCUUCAGUAAAAACACACCGGCAGUGUGCUCGCACGCCGCUUCCUCUCCGGGUGACUCUCCGGUGUGACACAGGGGAGGAGGUGGAGGGGGGGAAGGCAACGGUCCCCACUCCGUUUCGGUGGGAGUUUUUUUUAUUUUUCCUUUUUCAUCUUUCCCCCUCUCUAUUUCUGUGUAGUUUCGGGGCAGUGGUGGCACGCGUUGUUGUCUUCGGUUUUCUUGGGGAAGCGAAACACUUUGUGAAAAAAUGCCCCAGUUAUCAGGCGGCGGAGACCCGGAGCUUUGCGCCACAGAUGAAAUGAUCCCGUUCAAAGACGAGGGGGACCCGCAGAAGGAGCAGAUCUUCGCCGAGCUGAGCCACUCGGAAGAGGAAGGGGACCUGGCAGACAUCAAGUCAUCUCUGGUCAACGAGUCGGAAAGCAGCCCCAACAGCAACAGCCACGACGCAGCUAGACAGUCCCAAAUACCGCAAGAUUCAUAUCAUGAAAAACACAGAGACCAUCCGGAAGAUGGAAAGCAUCAAGACAUGUACAGUAAAGGCCAUCCGUACCCGGGCUACCCAGGUUACAUCAUGAUGAGCAACAUGAACACUGAUUCCUACAUGAACAAUGGCUCCCUCUCGCCGCCCAUGCCCAGAACGUCCAACAAAGUCCCCGUGGUGCAGCCGUCUCAUGCAGUCCACCCGCUCACCCCCCUGAUCACGUACAGUGACGAACACUUCGCUCCAGUGUCCCAUUCUGGCCAUCACCCCCAGGAUGCCAACAACAAACAAGGAAUGCCCAGGCAUCACCCCGGACCAGACAUGCCCAACUUCUACUCCUUGUCUCCUGGAGGAGUGGGGCAGCUCACAUCACAGCUGGGAUGGUUCCCGCACCACAUGGUGCCAGGUCCCCCAGGUCCUCACGCCACAGGAAUCCCUCACCCGGCCAUUGUCAACCCACAGGUCAAACAGGAGCCACCUCAUGACGGUGACAUCAUGCACAUGAAGCCGCAGCACGAACAGAGAAAGGAGCAGGAGCCCAAAAGACCGCACAUCAAAAAGCCGCUAAACGCCUUCAUGCUCUACAUGAAAGAGAUGCGUGCGAACGUGGUUGCCGAGUGCACGCUGAAGGAGAGCGCCGCCAUCAAUCAGAUCCUGGGACGAAGGUGGCAUGCUUUAUCUCGAGAAGAGCAAGCUAAGUAUUACGAGUUAGCCCGCAAGGAACGGCAGCUCCACAUGCAGCUCUACCCAGGCUGGUCCGCUCGAGACAACUAUGGAAAGAAGAAGAAGCGGAAGAGGGAAAAGAUGCAGGAAUCGGCCACAGGAGGAAAACGCAACAGUUUCUCCACAUGCAAAGCAAAGGCAGCAGCUUCAGGCCCUCUGCUAGAGAUGGAGGCCUGUUAGAUCCCAUGAAGACCCUUAAAUCUCCAAAACCGAAGCCUCCAGUUCUCAGAGAAACCCCCACAGCACCCCACAACCCCCCCGUCGAUACCCUGCCUAACCCUACCCGCUUUCCUUUGCCACCAUCACAUGCCACCGCCGUCACCAGAAUCACUGUUUGACUCUACUUCCUCCCUAAAGGCGCCUGCUGUAGAGACACUGAACCGAACUGACCGAGACAAUCAUGAUUAUAGUAGGAGCACCCUCACGUAACCGUGCCGUCUCACUCUGAAAGCAUCGAGUUAACAUCUGUGUGGUUAUUUUCAUUUUAAUAUGUAUAUUUUUUAUUUUUGUUUCGUCAGUUUUCCUUUUCAAUGUUGGCUUUACUGCAAAUCUGUGGCACUGCACUGAAAAAUAGCAGCAAUUGUGAUGUGUGCACAAAUGCCCCCCUCCCCCACUCUACACUGCCCGUAACAGUCAAAACACCUGCUACUAAGUUAUUCUAAGUUAUUUUGCCACCUCUUUUUCCCCUUUGUGUAGUUCAUUAGGCUGUAAUUUACUUCCCCGCCCCUUGUGUUUCUCUCACUGGGUUUUUUUUUGUUGUUGUUGUUGUUUUUUUUUUUGUUUUUUUUGAGAGACAAUUUUGGGGGUUUGCCACCACCCCCCACCCCUCCAUCCCUGACUGACCAAACACCUCUUUCUAGACUGCACUAAGGAAGAUGGAGGGAUCUCAUCUUGUCCAAGAAACGCCCUCAAGAUUUCUAGUUCGUUGCUGACGACCAGUUGGUUCAAAAAAAGGAUCAACAUUUUGGAUUUGCUUUUCAUUUUAGACUGAAUAUUAUUUUUGAAUGCCUUUUAUUUGUAUCCUGAACCCUUGUUCAGUUUCUUGGUGUAUAUUUCUGUGAUUAUUUUUCCCCUUUGUUUAAUAUGGUUUUUGUUUUGUUUUUUUUAUAUAUAUAGUGGUAUAUAUGAAAAUAAGCUUUGGACACAGGAAAGCCAUUUUUCUUGUUGAAGCGUCUUGCAGAAAAUUGAAACUUAAGGCUUCUUUUGAUAACUAUUUGUAACAAAUAGUGACCUCGAGUCUUGCUCAGAUGUAAAAUAAUGCUCAGUAUGUGUACUUUUUAAACUGUCAGGAUUAUGUCAAUUUUCUUGGUAUUUUUGCAGGCAACAUUAGGACAAAGGCGAGAGUGACAGCUCAGAGGCCUAUAUUUUAUUGUUCUAAAACAUGACAUAUGAAGCAGAAAUAUAUAUUUACCCCAGCACUUGACAGUCUGUCUUUUAUUGCAAUGGACCUUUUUGUCUUUUCUCUCUGGUAGCUAAUAGUGUGGUCUUUAGCCAUGUUGUUUAUUCCAUGCAAACAUCUCUGUAACAUCUUGAUUUUAAUGCUCUAUUUUUAGUAUUACUUGAUUAAUUCCUUUUUUUUCUAAAGUCUCAUGUUUUAGGUCACUGUCAUCUUGGUAUAGCAUUUUUUUUCUUUGCUUCCCAAGUGGUCAUAUUUGAACCGUUUCAACAUGUUUUGUUUUUUUUUGUUUUGUUUUUUUAAAGAAAAACAAUAAAAAGGCACCAUUGGCUCAUUUGAUCACUUGUGUGGUGGAAAGACCAGAGCUAGAUGUGCCAGAUGUAACA